GCGUUCGAAUCUCGUGAGCAUCGGUCGAAAAUAGUCGAGACAUGUCAACAUUGGUGAAAAUCAUUGGAUAAACUUUAUCUUUCGAAAUAUUCCGCAAUAUUCUUCCUUCUCGACUUCUCGAUUAACAAAGUUAACUAAUAAACAUAAAUGUUUAAAAAGCAAACGGAAAGUCUUCGACAAAUCGAAAAAAUCCUUUCGUGAAUAGUUUUUUAGUGAAUAACUAAGUGUGAUAAAUUUUAGUGAUCUUUGAAAUUUUCAUGUUUUAUAAUUUAAUAAAAUCAAUUAAUGGAGAUCAAGAGAAGAAAACCACAAUUCAAUAACUCAAUGACAUCGAUAAUAUCGAUGACAGAUACACAAAUACAUAUCUGAUCUAUAUCAUUAAGUGUUCAAAGUGUAAAAUUUACUUAAUCAUCGUCAAAGGAUACAAAGAUUCCUCUUCUUCUUUCAAAAUGUUGGAUCAAGCCAUUAAAUUAUAAUAGUGAAUAUACACAAAAAUGAUAAUUUGAAAUUUAUUAAAGUUAAUUCGCUAGUCAAUCAGUUUAUAAACUAUAUAAAUUAUUAUUAUUUAAUUCAUCAGAAGGAAUCAUUCGAAAGAAUUAUUUUAAGAAACGAGUUUAUGAAGGAACCAAUGAUCGAUAUCACGAUGGAGAUAAGUAAAAAUCACAAGGAACAAUUGAUAUCUAACGAUUAUAUUUUGGAUAAUUAUACAAGUCCAAUAGUCGAAUUUCUUCAACAAGAAGAUUCAUCCAUCAGAAGAGAUCCAUUGUAUAUCGUUCUGCCAAUCACUGUGAUUUAUGCAGUGAUCUUUGUCACCGGUUUAGUCGGUAACGUUUCCACAUGUGUAGUGAUCGCGCGUAACAAAUCGAUGCACACAGCAACCAACUAUUAUCUGUUCAGCCUGGCCGUGUCUGAUUUACUGCUGCUGAUAUCUGGUCUGCCGCCGGAGAUAUACUACAUCUGGUCACAUUUCCCGUAUGUGUUUGGCGAAGCAUUUUGCAUUAUUCAAAGCUUCGCUGCUGAGACGUCCGCUAAUGCCACCGUCCUCACUAUUACCGCUUUCACUGUCGAGAGAUAUAUCGCGAUCUGUCAUCCUUUUAUCUCGCACACUAUGUCAAAGUUGUCUCGUGCAGUGAAGUUCGUUAUAGUGAUUUGGCUAUUGGCACUAUGCCUGGCCGUGCCACAAGCGAUUCAAUUCGGAGUCGUUUAUGAAAAUAAAAAUGGAUCGGUAAUUCUGGAUACAGCUCGAUGCUCGAUGAAAUGGACACUGAUCGAGCAUGCAUUCGAGAUAUCCACUAUGUUAUUUUUCGUCUUACCUAUGACAAUUAUCAUCGUUCUUUAUAUAUUGAUCGCGAUUAAACUGAGACGAUCGAGAAUGUUGACAGCUACUGUGAACAGGAAUCAUUUAUCGGGUGGUACGAAUCACUGGGAUAGCGGAAGAAGAAAAAGCGCUGCGCAAAGAAAUGUCAUUCGAAUGUUAGUUGCAGUGGUGGUGGCGUUUUUUAUCUGUUGGGCACCAUUCCACGCCCAAAGACUAUUAGCUGUCUACGCGCAGAACAGUAAGGAUAAACCGGAAGAUGUGUUAAUAAUAAUUUAUACUAUUCUCACGUAUAUGUCAGGAGUGUUUUAUUACCUUUCCACAACAGUGAAUCCACUGCUAUAUAACAUCAUGUCCAACAAAUUUAGAGAGGCUUUCAAGUUGAUGCUGCCGAAUUGCUGUGGAAAAUGGUCGUCUCAAAAGUCAGAGCCACGACGGUCCAUCUACAGUAGCCUAUUACGUUACCCGAGAUCCAUAUUUAGACAAACAGAUGAUCAUCAGAAUUCACCGUCAAUAUUCAUCAGUGAUGAUAAUCAAAAGUUGACAGGCAUCGUGCAAAUAUCAAAUAUGACUGAAUAUAACGGAUUAACCGAACCGAAGAAGGACAAUAAGCGAAAAUUGUCUGAUUCGACGAUGAACAAAAUCAAUAAUCAUGAAUACAAAAGAAGCGUAUCGAGAGAAUCAAAUUCCAAUCAAUUUAUUUUGAUGACGACUGUUAAUGAGGGUAACAAUAAUAUGGCUGCCACUUACAUGAACGAGUGUCUAUUAAACAUUCAAAAAUCUCCAAGGACUCUUACGCUUGGAAUAUUUGCCGAAAAAUUGAGAUUGGAAACGAAAGAAUUAUUUUCAUCUCAGCAGAAGACCAAGAAUAAUCUGAUGAAAUUGGAGACAACGCCAGUCUUGCCAUCUAGAUUUCAAAGUCAUCCAAGUAUCGACAGUGCAAAUACUAUCAGCAAUUCCAGUUUACAAGAUUAUGAUGAAACAGAAUUCAAUGGCAUGGAAUUGGCGCGAUAUAUGGGUGAAUUAAACUGUGAUUUAAUCGCUUAAUUCGCUUCAAAAUGAAACGUUCCUCCAUCGAAUAAAUAUUUAAUAUAAGUAUUUAAUAUAAUUAAAAAUUGUUGUACUAAAUAUCUCGAAAAAACUAAGAAUUUACAAAGUUAAGAACCUCAGAUAUAAGAAUUUAUAUAUUCAAAAAAAUAAAUAAAAAUAUAAAAAAAAAAAAUAA